AUUGUGAAGCUGAGGCUCUCAGUUUCCACUACAGGAGUACAUGGAUGUGUGAACUCGGCGCGCUGGGACAGCUCUGUUUUAUUCUUUUCUUUUUUAAUCCCCGUUGAAGUGACUUCUUUAUUUCCUUUGAUUUUAUUUUGCUUAUGGUGUGAAGAUGCUUCUAUUGUUUGAUGCACUUCUGUGUUUUUGAAACUCUCCGUUGCAGCGUCUCAAAUCUCAGCUCGAGUAUCCCUUUCCAAAGUUUUGAAGUUGUUGUUCGCAUUUUGAGGAAAAAAAAAAGUUUGUUUUUCGAAUCCGGGCCAUCAUGGCGAGGGGUGCACGGGACGUGUUGGAGGUGCGCGACCGUCCGCUUCCCCAGCGCACCCGUAGGAUUAGCUGGGGAGCGAGUGGCUGUUGGAGCGCUGCGCUUUACCUCGCACUGCUCUGCUGCUGUGCCUUCUGCGACGCCGACUCGGAGUUUUCCAUCUUGGAAGAGGCACAAGUUUUGGCGAAUCAAAUGAAGAAACUAGCGGCCGAGGAACUCGGCGUUUUCAACAUGCAGAGAAUAUUCAACUCCUUUGUGUACACUGAGAAAAAUUCCAAUGGGGAGACAGAAGUUCAGCAGCUGGCUAAAAAAAUCAGGGAAAAAUUUAACCGCUACCUUGAUGUGGUGAACCGUAACAAGCAGGUAGUAGAGGCAUCCUACACAGCCCACCUGACGUCCCCGUUGACUGCCAUCCAGGACUGCUGCACUAUCCCCCCCUCCAUGAUGGAAUUUGAUGGCAACUUCAACACGAAUGUUUCAAAAACUGUCAGCUGCGACAGACUGUCAACCACAGUGAACAGCCGGGCAUUUAAUCCAGGAAGGGACCUCAACUCAGUGCUUGCUGACAAUCUCAAAUCAAAUCCUGGGAUUAAGUGGCAGUAUUUCAGCUCAGAAGAAGGCAUCUUCACAGUAUUUCCUGCUCACAAGUUUCGUUGUAAAGGCACCUAUGAGCACCGCAGCAGGCCAGUAUAUGUAUCUGCAGUAAGGCCUCAGUCCAAGUAUAUUGUUGUUAUUGUCGACCACGGUAGUUCGGCCAGUGAAAAUCAGCUUCAGAUUGCUAAAGAUGCUGCCCAUGUCAUUCUGAAUGCUAUUGAUGAACAUGACAAAAUUUCCCUGUUGGCUGUAGCGGACACUGUGCGGACUUGCUCCUUAGACCAGUGUUACAAAACAUACCUCUCUCCAGCCACCAGCGAGACUAAACGCAAGAUGUCCACCUUUGUAAACAGCAUUAAAUCUUCUGACAGUCCCACUCAGCAUGCUGUUGGUUUCCAGAAGGCUUUUCAGCUCAUCAGGAACACGAACAAUGGGACUAGGCUUCAGUCAAAUAUUGACAUGGUGAUAGUGUACCUUUCAUCCGGUAGCACAUCACGGGACUCCUCAGAACAAGACAAGAAAGUGACACUAGAUGUCAUCAGUGAGGAGAAUGGCUAUUUGAACAACUCCGUCAUGAUUCUUACCUAUGCACUGAUGAAUGAGGGAGUAACUGGGUUAAAAGAACUGGCCUUCUUGAGGGACUUGGCUGAGCAGAACUCUGCAAAAUAUGGUGUCCCUGACCGCACUUCUUUACCAGUGGUCAAGGGCAGCAUGAUGGUCCUGAACCAGUUAAGCAACUUGGAAACAACGGUUGGCCGUUUCUAUAUCAACUUGCCAAACAGAAUGAUUGACGUGGCCGUGUUCAGCCUGCCUUAUACUGAUGAGAUGGGAGAGGGCCUCAUAAUGACAGUCAGUCGACCAUGUUACUUUGGCAAUUUGCUUCUUGGAAUUGUGGGAGUUGAUGUCAACUUGGCCUAUAUUCUUGAAGAUGUAACGUACUACCAAGACUCCCUGGCAUCCUAUACUUUUCUGAUUGAUAACAAAGGUUAUACUUUAAUGCAUCCCUCGCUCACAAGGCCUUACCUUUUGACUGAACCCCCUCUCCACACAGAUAUAAUCCACUAUGAGAAUAUACCUGGGUUUGAACUGGUGCGGCAGAAUAUCAUCAGCCUUCCCUUGGGCAGUCAGAUCAUUGCUGUACCAGUUAACUCAUCGCUUUCAUGGCACCUCAACAGACUAAGAGACACAAGCAAAGAUGCUUAUAACGUCAGCUAUGCCUGGAAACUGGUUCAAGACACAUCUUUCAUUCUGUGUAUUGUGGUAGUACAGCCAGAAAUACCUGUGAAACACCUUAAAAAUCUCAACACAGUGCCAAGCAGCAAGUUGCUUUACCAUCGUCUGGAUCUGCUGGGUCAGCCCAGUGCAUGCUUGCAUUUUAAACAACUGGCGACUGUGGAGUCCCCCACAGUCAUGUUGUCUGCAGGGAGUUUCUCUUCACCAUAUGAGCACCUCAGCCAGCCUGAAACAAAGCGCAUGGUGGAGCACUACACAGCAUAUCUCAGUGACAACACACGUCUCAUUGCUAAUCCUGGACUCAAGUCUUCAGUAAGAAACGAAGUAAUGGCUACCAGUCACGUAAUCGAUGAAUGGAUGACUCAAAUGGAAAUGAGCAGCCUGAACAGCUACAUUGUACGUCGUUACAUAGCAACACCCAAUGGGGUGCUGAGGAUUUAUCCUGGGUCUCUCAUGGACAAAGCAUUUGAUCCUACAAGAAGACAAUGGUACCUACAUGCUGUUGCCAAUCCAGGCCUCAUUACCUUCACGGGCCCCUACCUAGAUGUAGGGGGAGCAGGAUAUGUUGUCACCAUUAGUCAUACUAUUCAUGCAUCCAGCUCCCAGAUGUCCUCAGGUUUUGCUGUUGCUGUGAUGGGCAUUGACUUUACCCUCCGUUAUUUCUACAAAGUUCUUUUGGACUUGCUCCCAGUCUGCCAUCAGGACAGAGGAAAUAAGAUAAGGUGUUUUAUUAUGGAGGAUCGGGGAUACUUGGUGGCUCACCCAACCCUUAUUGACCCCAAAGGUCAUGCACCAGUAGAGCAGCAGCAUAUAACACACAAGGAGCCUUUGGUUGCAAAUGACAUCCUUAACCAUCCAAACUUCGUCAAAAAGAAACUGUGCAACAGCUUCAGUGACAGAACUGUGCAGCGUUUCUACAAGUUUAACACCAGCAUCACUGGAGACCUUACUAACUUGGUUCAUGGAAGUCACUGCUCUAAAUAUCGUCUGACCAGAAUCCCUGGCACUAAUGCUUUUGCUGGGAUAGUGAAUGAGACUUGUGAUUCCCUAGCAUUUUGUGCCUGCAGUAUGGUGGAUAGGCUGUGCCUUAAUUGCCACAGAAUGGAGCAAAAUGAAUGCGAGUGUCCGUGUGAGUGUCCACUGGAAGUGAAUGAAUGUACAGGCAACCUUACCAACGCAGAGAACCGGAAUCCUAGCUGUGAAGUUCAUCAGGAGCCUUUGGUGCUAACAGUCAUUGAUCCAAGCCUACAGGACACCUUGCCUCAGUGCAUCAACACCAGAUGUAACCAGAGAUUCAUUAGCGGGGACUGUUUUGGAGUUCUGGACUGUGAGUGGUGCAUGGUGGACAGUGACAGUAAGACACAUCUCGACAAGCCUUACUGUGCUCUUCAAAAAGAGUGUUUUGGUGGAAUUGUGGGAGCAAAGAGCCCAUACGUGGAUGACAUGGGUAUGUUAGGCGAUGAAGUGAUAACUCUGAACAUGAUUAAAAGUGCCCCAGUUGGACCAGUCGCAGGUGGAAUUAUGGGCUGUAUAAUGGUUCUGGUUCUUGCAGUCUAUGCAUACAGGCAUCAAAUCCAUCGCAGAAGCCAUCAGCACAUGUCCCCACUUGCUGCUCAAGAAAUAUCUGUGAGAAUGUCAAACUUGGAUAAUGAGCGUGAUGAGAGAGAUGAUGACAGCCAUGAAGACCGCGGAAUCAUCAGCAACACCAGAUUCAUAGCAGCCGUGAUAGAGAGACACACACACAGUCCAGAGCGCAGGAGGCGUUACUGGGGAAGAUCUGGAACGGAAAGUGAUCAUGGCUAUAGCACGAUGAGCCCCCAGGAGGACAGUGAAAACCCACCCUGCAACAACGACCCUCUGUCUGCAGGGGUAGAUGUUGGAAACCAUGAUGAAGACUUGGAUCUAGACACGCCGCCUCAGACAGCCGCUUUGCUGAGCCACAAGUUCCAUCCUUACCGGCACCCGCACCAUCACCCGUUGCAUCACAGCCAUCACCUGCAGGCAGCCGUGACGGUGCACACCGUUGAUGCAGAGUGCUGAAGCCCUCCACUCAUCCCGAAACUGGAGGAACAUUGACUUGAGACAUUGAACGAUGGCUCACGACACAAGGAGCUUAAGCACUGAAUUUCCUUUGACCACCGAGCAGAUGUCCGUCUUGAGGUGCACCAUAAGCCGCCUCCUCCUCUUCUGCGCUUGUGUGUGUGAGCCUUCAGAUCCAGGGCCUGGCCAAACGUACUGAAGUGUCUUAUCUGAAGCAACAACGGUGAGGGACUGAUCUGGACGUGGAAAAAAAAACAAUGCAUCUCAGUUUUUCUUUUUUUAAUAAAAAAAUUAUUUUUCUACUAUUUAUUUAACUAAAUCGAAAUAAUUUUAGCAAAUACAUUUGGACUGGGAUUUUUUUUUAAAUACAAACAAUCUUGCCAUUAUGGAUUUGCAUUUCUUUUCGCAAACAGGACUGAAUAACGCACAAAGAUGGAAGUGGACCAGAACGGGCAGUCGCUGGGCAGCAUUGUAUUCCAUCGUGUUAUGAAGUUCUUGUAAACUUUUCUGAUUAUGUGGUACAUUUUAUUAUUGCGCCAGCCGAGAUUUUUUUUUUUUUUUUUUGUUUGAUAAGACUGAAGAAGAAAAAUAAAAUAUAUAUUCUUGGUAAAGAAAAAAAAAAAAAAAAAGAGACCAUGACUAGAGGACCGACGGCACACUUUCAUUGGGAAAACCUGUGACUUUUCAGAAAAAAAAUUUUUUUAUCAACCGUGGUUUUGCUGCUGCUUUAAAAUGCCGGAGAAAUGGAAGAUUUUAAUGGGACUUGUGUCACUGGACUUGGCUCACAUAACAGAGUUUAACAAAAGGAACAUGUGUGGGAUAUGUGCCGAGUGUAACAUUUGAUGUUUUUACGUACAUCGGGCGGGCGGGUGCUGAUGAAUGAAGCCUUGCGUCCAGAACCCCUGGAACAUUUCAUUCUUUCAGCCACUGACUGCAUUGUUUGGGUCUUGGGGUUUAGACACACAUGGCAUCCCCAUGACUGAUGUAUAUAGCUUGUUCAAGAAUCGCGUUACGUAAACCGUGGUGUUCUGCAGCAGAAUCCCAACCUCUCUUUUGAAGGAUGUGUGUUUAUGAUGAGGGUAAUCUUCAAGAAGUCCAAUCGACCUCCAUACUGUACCCUUUUCCUUUCUUUUACCCCAUUAGAUGUUAUUCAUGAUUGAUUAUAAUAUUUAACUGUAGACAUAAGUGCCAUUAGUUGGGUUUAUUAAUAUAAACCAUUCCACUUAUGGAUUUAAUUUUAUGGUUCUUUUAGCUCACCGAGUUUUAUUGGACAAAUGGAUACCCGUUCUCCUUCAGCAUUUGUAUCACAUGAACUGGGUACAUCAUUUCAGAUCUUCGUGGUCCCCGUAUUCUUAUCUAUCAACAUUAUUUUUUACUUUUUUUUUAUACCAGGAAUGUGAUAUUGUUGUUAGUAAUACAUACAACUGACUCUUCUAAACUUUCAAUUUGCAGCCAUAAUAGUUGGUGGGGAAAAAAACCAGGAGCCCAUGUUGAGUACCAGCCAGGUAAGAGACGGAGCCUUAAAGUGCCGGUGAUGUGAGGAAGAGCAGAGCGAGCCUGCGGGGUUCAGUGGGUGGCCGAGUGUUUGAAUUACUCCUGCGUGUUCAGUCAGAUUCACCAGUUGGAUGUUUUCCUCAAUUUUUGUGUUAUUCAAAAUGCAAAGAACCUUAAAUCUGAAUCAGUGAAUUAAUAAGAGGGUGGACUCUUUAGGUGCCUCCCCCCCCACCAUGGCAGAGUAAGUUCACAGAAAGUGGGAGCCUCAAAGAAGGACAAAAAAAUUAAAAGUCGUCUUGUCCUUUUUUUAAUUUUUUUUAUAUACUCCCUCUGUUCUCGUUUACCCCAUCCUGGAUUGCAAGUGGGCAUUUGUUUGUGUUGCCUCUGUGCGUUAUAAUUUAUUGUUAUUUACACACUGUACUGUAUAUAAAUAUGUAUCCAGUAACCUUGCGUUUUAUCCCUACACCCCCCCCCCCCCCCCAUGAAGUUAAUGUCCUUUGUGUUCUCCUAGUACAACUGCUAUACUCUUUGUAAUUUUACAGUUUGCCUAACUGCUGAUCGUCCACUACAGUAUCUCACAUUAAAAAAGGUAUAAAGUUA